CUUCAACUCUAGGUUUUCUCUCUUUGCAAAGCCAUGGCCGAUCAGAAGGGUAUUGAGAAGGUAACUUGGAUGAAAUUGAAGACGGAGCCUCUCAGUUCCCCAAAGAAUUUCGCACAAGUCAGGAAAACUCUUUGCAGCAUACCUCAGGUAAGAGACCAAAAGUUCGAUGAAGGAAGCAACACAGUCACAAUCAAAGUGGUUUGCUGUAGUCCUGAGAAAGUCAUGGACAAGCUCUGUUCCAAAGGACGUGGGUCUAUUAAGCUCAUCGAGACCAUCGAUCCACCCAAACCUCCCGCCGAGAAGCCGAAAGAGCCUGCGAAGCCCAAAGAAGCUGAAAAGCCUAAAGAACCAGAGAAGCCCAAACCAGCACUACCAGCACCAGCUUCAAGUUCUAAAGCGGUUAUGGUGGCGCAACCUUAUUAUUCGCCGGUGAUGGGCCAGCCGGCGCCUUAUUAUAAUGAGCCUAACUACGGAUGGUCCCGACCCAAUGGGUAUGAUGAAAGGGUCAUUCACGAUAGCUACGGUGGCCAACCUCCUCCAUACGGUGGCAGAUCAGAUUACUACGGUGGCGGAUCAGAUUACUCUAGCGAGUGCAUUAUCAUGUGAAAUUUCUUAACCAUUAUUUACAUAUUUAUCUCUCUUUUAGUUUUAAUUGAUAUCUCUCCUAGACUUAAUUAACUAUCUAUUCUACACAAUUUUAAUUAGUUUACUUUUAUUA